AAAAAACUCUCGCACACACACGCGCACACACACACACACGCACACAAUCCCACAUAGAUCUUCAAAGCCAACUGGUCUUCAUAGACUGGCAAUUAGCUAAAGAGAUCACAUCUGGGGCCCCAGGCAGGAUAAAUAAGGUGAGAAGAGUAUCACAGCUCCAGUGGCUCUAGAGCACAGAGCAGCUUAAAGACCAGCGCUACCACACGCGCUCGCUCGGAGAGAAGAGCAGAGAGCACAGGGGAACUCUAACACAGAGCGCAGGGGAACUCUAACACAGAGCGGAGACCAGACCAGCGCUACCACACGCGCUCGCUCGGAGAGAAGAGCAGAGAACGCAGAGGAACUCUAACACAGAGCGGAGGGAAGCUCUAACACAGAACGCAGUCCAGACCAGCGCAGACCAGCGCAGACCAGCGCAGCACCAGCACAGCACCAGCAGCACCCCACAGCGACUCUUCAGCAGGACAGACUCCAGCAGGGCAGACUCCGGCAGGACAGACUACAGCGGGGCAGACUCCAGCAGGACAGACUACAGCCAGGAUUACCAGACUUUUUCUCCACCCUUCGGCCAGGAUUCUGCGCUGCUUCUCUCCCCGGUCCCAUCCCGGGGUGUGUGUUUUUUUGAGGAGGUGCUGGAGCGGGGGAGCGGGGGAGCGGGCGCGGGGCAGGGGGGCCGUGUGGAGCACCAGCCCACCCCAGCGGAGGCUCGCUGAGUUAUGGAUGUUGACGCAUUCCUGGUCUGGGACGCCAGGAGCGGAACCGGCUGGGGAGCGAGUAGCAGCAGCAGCAGCAGCGGCGACGGCGACGGUCGCCACGGUCGCCACGGUCGCUACGGAACCCCAGGGCCGCGCCCGCCGCCCUGUCCAGCAUGCCCCUGAGCCCCGGUUCCCCGCCCGCCCCCCCCGCGCCGGGACCAUGCGCGCUCGGACAGUGAGGCAGGGCUCCUGGACCCGGCUCUCCUACCUGUGCCUCCUGCUGCCGCUGCUCCUCUGGUCCCUGCCCCCCCCCGCCGCCGCCGCCGCCUCCGCCGCCGCCCGGGACCCCCGCCACCCCGCCAUGCGCUCGCCCCGCGUCGCCAACGGCAACGCCUCCGCCGUGGUGGGGAGGCACGUGCGCAGCUACAACCAUCUCCAGGGCGACGUGCGCCGCAGGAAGCUCUUCUCCUUCCAGAAGUUCUUCCUCAGGAUUGACAGGAGCGGGAGGGUCAACGGCACCAAGAGCAAGGACGACCCGUUCAGUAUACUGGAGAUUAAGUCCGUGGAGGUGGGGGUCGUGGUCAUUAAAGGGCUCAGCAGCAACUAUUACCUGGCCAUCAACAAGAAGGGGGACCUGUAUGGAGCGAAGGACUACGUGACGGACUGCAACCUGAAGGAGCGCAUCGAGGAGAACGGGUACAACACCUACGCCUCGGCCGAGUGGCGGAACAGGAAGAGGCCGAUGUUCGUGGGCCUGAGCGCCAACGGGAAACCCAUGAGGGGCAAGAAGACCCGGCGGAAAAACAUCGCCACACACUUCCUGCCCAUCGUGGUGUAGCCGCGGUGUAGCCGCGGUGUAGCCGGGGUGUAGCCGGGGAGUCGCGCGGGAGCCGUAACUCCCACCGCAGCGUCACCAAGGCGACCCAUGGACCGCAGCGUCACCAAGGCGACCCACGGACCACGACGUCACCAAGGCAACCCACGGACCGCGGCAUCACCAAGGCGACCCACGGAAUGCGGCGUCACCAAGGCGACCUACGGACCGCGACGUCACCAAGGCGACCCACGGAAGCUCCUUACCUUUUACUGCACUGAAAGAAAGACUCGGAACCGUAAAGAAAUGCAAAUAUUUUCUCCAGACAUUAUUUUAUUUUUAUUUUAUUGCAAAGAGGCACUAUUUAAAGGAACAGUUUGAACUGACGCCGAUUGAGGCUGAUUGAAGUCAUUCUGUCGUUAUUAAGUUAUGACCAGGCACAGAAGAAAAUAUAAGAACUCUUCCUGUGCCAAAUCGUUCAGAAGUAAUCAGACGUUGGACUAAACGGGGAAUGGAUAAAGAGGAUGAUUCUGACAUGAUUCCAGCGUUACUGCUCAGACUGACAAAGGGAACUGUUUGUGUGCAUAUUUGAGGGUCAUCCUUGAAAGCAGGUAUUUAUGCUAUACUCACAUGAAGACUUUUUAGUCGCAUUCAAGCUUAGUAAACCAGUCACCAGAAGCACUUGGAUGAGGAGCAGGGAUGUGGCGCUGGGGAAAGGAAUUAGCCGAAUUUAAGAGUUUAUAGUCACAUUAGCACCAGUGGUUAGUUAGCGCCAACAUAACAACUAACAACAUUAAUAAGCAAAGCCACUCUAUGGGAUUUGUCAAUUUCUCUUUCUGACUGCUUUUGAAUAAAUUAUUUAUUGUAUGUAAUAUUUAAUGAAAUGAGAAAAGAAAGAAAAAUGUGGACAAAUCUGUUUCAUUUAUGCCGCUAUUCAUCUUCCCCAAAUACAAUCUUUUAACAUUAAUAACAGACAAAUAAACGCUUUUUACAAAUACUUCCGAAACACUUUGCUCUUGAAAAAAGUAUCUUGAAAUAUGCUAACUCGAUGAAACUGUUUUUCAUAAAACUCAUAACACAAUGCUUCUGAAAGUUAUACAGGUUACUGUAAAUUGUGAUGUGCUUGGGAUAUUACAGUAACAUACUGUAAAGCUCACAGUUUGCUUAAGCAGGUGAAAGUCCCAGUUGUUCGAUAAUGUCCCUUAUGGGAGGUUCAGCAACUAAAUACACGAUGGAUCAAUGAGUACCUAGCUGAUUUUAUGUUAAGCACGUUUCUUUUCUAAAUUUCGACCAGCGAGUAUAAGUAUUGAAACAGGAAAAUAAAGACAGAGAAGAUGACUCUUCAUGCAAACUCAGAGACACUAGCUUACUGUGCAUUGCAGGUGUUUGAAAUGACAAUGACACUGCGAGACACUUAAUAAAAGACUUCAGGACAGACCUGGCAUACAACCAAGAUUUCAAAGGCUCUAUUAAAAUAUGGAUGCUGCCAUCUAUUAUAAUGUUUUUAUGUAUCUGUCUAAUUUUAAUUAUUUGGAGACUGGUUUCCCAUAUUUUUAUGGUACAGAUAAGAUAUUUUAUCAUAGAGUGAACAUAUAUAUAUAUAUAUAUAUAUAAAUAUUAACUUUUUGGAUUGCUGGUGUUAAAUGGAUCCUGUCUAAGUUAUUGUUAUAUAUGUAUGUCUCCGCCAGCACAUCCCUCUACUGUUAACCAAAGCUACUCAGACUGUGUCGGAUCUGCGCGAUAUUUGGCCCCUGGGAUGAGACGGUAGCGCGUUCAUCUCCGGACGGCCUUCUCUAACGGUUCUCUGGUGUCCUGCGCACGUGUGCAGUCUCCCCAUGCACCGACUGAACAGAACGUGUCCUUCAGAACGUACAGUAAGCAACCGGCAGGAUCACCCACGAUCCACGGGCCCCAAACUGAGAAUAUAAUCGUGAUUUUUUUAUUGUACGGACGGCUGGAGGGAUGGGGGGGAGAUCUGAGUCCACCUGUAUACUGUGUAUGUACUGUACUGUAUCCCCAUGUUUUUAUUAAAUUCACUCUAUUCA